AUGGUCACUAUAAAUUAUGAACCGGUUGAACAUUUGAGAUACAUUGACGACAAUGUUAGUCCCGAAGAGAGAGCACAUGUGGAACAACUAAUACGGAUGGAAUUGGCGGGCCAAUUCAAUGCAAAUAUCAAUAACAUAGCUAACCAUAAUACCCUGAACGCAGCUGAUGAGCAGGUGCCACUACCCCAGAAUGAACUAGUGCCCAAUCAUUUGCCGCUACAUCCCAUGGUGAACCAGCUUAUAUCGCCGUCGCCUCCAAUAUUAGAACGACCUGGGAGUAUGGUAGAUAUGAGAAUUGAUGCGUUUGAAGAAGACUUGCUGGAUGUGGAAGAUGAAGACGACGAUUUAAGGACAAGAGCAAGACGUGGUCAAAAUGGUCUGGCUGGCCGUGGCGGUGGGGUUGAUAUGUCGAAAUAUACAAAUUUCAACACGAUAACAUCACCGACAGAAGGAGACGAGUCGGAUUCAAAUCCAGAUGUGGGCAGCAUCAACUAUAGAAAUCUAUAUACAACAUUGGGACAUUCGACUUUCCAACAAAGAAAUCUAGAUUUGCUUCAACAGAACCAGGAGACGUUGCACGCGUUGCAACAACGACAUUUGCAAGAUUUGUCGCAAUACAAUGAUGAACUAAUGACCAGCUUAAAUAAUAAACGCAAGAUGAUUGACGAUAUCGAAGAAGCAAACAAGAAAAGACAAUUGAAUGAACUCAAGCCGGUGAAUGAUUACCUAAACAAGAGAUGGAAGCAAGGAAUAAAUACUGCUGUUGAAAUAACAAUCGAAGAAGCAACAGCAGCCCAAUCAAGAGCAGAAACUUGA